AUGGCCUGUGUGAAGGGAGGCAGAGCAUCCUGCAUCCACAGGGACGGGGAAGACACCGCAUGGAGGGAGCUGCUGGCAGAGAGGCUUGGCAUGACCCCUGCUCAGAUUCAGGCCUUGCUUCUGGAAGGCGAAAAGUAUGGUCGUGGCGUGAUCACUGGACUUGUUGACAUUGGGGAAACUGUGCAGUGUCCAGAGGACUUAGCUCCUGAUGAGGUUGUGGAACAGGAGAAUCAAGCUGUACUGACCAGCCUUCAGUGGAAGUACCUCACCAUGCUUUCAAACCCCAGGUGGUUACCGGAGCCCAUACCCAGGAAAGGCAGAAAGGAUAUCUUCCAGGUAGACAUCCCAGAGCACCUGAUGCUUGGAGCAGGACGCCUGAGGAGUGUAGAAGGUUACCGAGAAAGCAGCGAAAUUGUGACCCAUCGACUGACCUUCAUGCCGCAGACCCAUGGGCCAGGUUCAGUCUGA